UCAGUAACCUAUCAGGACUUUGAGGAGGAGUCAGAAAUGACUUGCAUUGGGAGAGACCCUGUGCCCAGUCUUCGGAGAAUGACCUAAGCUUUGGCUUGCUCUCCUCACAUCUGGAACUGGGCGGGGUCUGGUAGCUAGUUAUCCAGAGGAUUCUUCUCGAAGACUGCUGUCCCUAAAAUGUGGAAUGGCCUAGUCUCCAAGUCCUCUCCUAAGAAGCCACGUGGCCGGAACAUCUUCAAGGCCCUUUUCUGCUGUUUUCAGACGCAGCAUGUUGUCCAGUCAAGCUCUCCCACUGAGCUCACAUACAAGGAGGAGACAAACACCAUUGCUAAGUCGGAUCUGCUGCAAUGUCUCCAGUACCAGUUUUAUCAGAUCCCUGGGACCCGCCUGCUCCCAGAGGUGACAGAGCAAGAUCAAGGAAGAAUCUGCGUGGUCAUCGACCUAGAUGAAACCCUUGUGCAUAGUUCCUUUAAGCCAAUCAACAACGCUGACUUCAUAGUACCUGUGGAGAUUGAGGGAACCACUCACCAGGUAUAUGUACUCAAGAGGCCUUACGUUGAUGAGUUCCUGAGACGGAUGGGGGAGCUCUUUGAAUGUGUUCUCUUCACUGCCAGCCUGGCCAAGUAUGCCGACCCUGUGACAGACCUCCUGGACCGCUGUGGGGUGUUCCGGGCCCGGCUGUUCCGGGAGUCUUGUGUUUUCCACCAAGGCUGCUACGUCAAGGACCUCAGCCGCCUAGGCAGGGACCUGAGGAAAACCCUUAUCCUGGACAACUCGCCCGCAUCUUACAUCUUCCACCCAGAGAAUGCAGUGCCUGUGCAGUCCUGGUUUGAUGACAUGGCAGAUACAGAGUUGCUGAACCUAAUUCCCAUCUUCGAGGAGCUGAGCGGAGCAGAUGACGUCUACACCAGCCUCGGGCAGCUGCGGGCCCCCUAGCCCUCUUGCUUCCAAGAAACGGCCAUCCCAGUAGGGGACUUUGCUACACUGUGCCUUUCUGAUCAGCCUGACUGACCUAGCCGAGACGCUGGAGCACUUGCCCAAAGGGUCUGGAAGUAGCUGGAAAGCGGUUGACGAGCUUUAGGACAGGUUAGGUGCAGAGCAGGCAAAUCAGACCUAUCCAGAGCUGUCUGCACCCUGUGUUUGGUUCCCAGGAGAGUGAGUGAGUGAGUGCGUGCGUGCGUGCGUGCGUGCGUGCGUGCGUGCGUGCGCCCAUCCAGUGAACUGUGGCCCAGGGUGUCCAGUGUUCCGUAGGGGAGAAGCUGGUCGAUUGUCUCCUUUACUGCUGACCACGAGCUGUUGGGCUUUACAGUGGCGGAGACUAUCGCAGGCACUCUUGCCAAACCAUGGCCUUCCUCAACUUCACAAGGCCCGUGCCAAGGAGAAAGGAGAAGCCAGAGGCUGUCUUGGAUGCCCAAGGCACACGCCUUUCUGAAAACUUAAAAUACUAGCCAGCAGCUGCAGACAUACCCAGGAAGAUGAGAGCGUGUUUGCAGAACCAGUACUCAAAAUCACCAGGUCCUGUGGCCCCCAGGCUGCGUCUGGCUCUGCCUGCGUGGGCCUGCUGUCUCCUAGGCCCCAGCACCAAGCCAGCCUUGUCACUCCCUAGCCAUAGUCUGACUCCCAUGGGGAAGGAGGUCUUCUCCCUGCCCUGGAAGAGGACAGAGAGCUGAUUGCUGUUCUUCUAACUCUUUAAAAUUCUCUUUCUAAACAUGGA